AUGUCUCCCCCCACCCACUUCAAACUCAACACCGGCGCUCUAAUCCCCGCCGUUGGCCUCGGAACAUGGAAAUCCGAGCCUGGAGAGGUGGCAAAGGCCGUGGCCUUUGCUCUCAAGAACGGAUACCGACAUAUUGAUGCUGCACUGAUUUACGGCAACGAAAACGAGGUCGGCCAGGGUAUCAGGGACAGCGGCGUGCCCCGUGAAGAAAUCUUCAUCACCAGCAAGCUCUGGAACACGCACCAGCCUAACGUCAAGGAGGGUCUGCAGAAGACUCUUGAUGCAUUGGGGACUGAUUACCUUGAUCUCUAUCUCAUCCACUGGCCCGUCCGCCUCGUCCCGAACGCAACAAGCGACCUCCUCCCCACAAACCCCGACGGCACCCGCUCCGUCGACCUCUCCUGGGACCAAAGCGAAACCUGGCGGCAGAUGGAAGAGGUCUACAAGUCCGGGCAAGCCAAAGCCAUCGGCGUCGCAAACUGGUCCAUCCCGUAUCUGGAAGACCUGCGCAAGAAAUGGACCGUCGUGCCGGCUGUGAACCAGGUGGAACUGCAUCCGUUUCUGCCGCAGCAUGAGCUGAGGGCGUAUUGUGCGGAUUUGGGGAUUUUGCUGGAGGCGUAUUCGCCGCUUGGGUCUACUGGAGCCCCCAUCAUGUCAGACCCUGAGAUCCAGCAGAUUGCAGAGAAGAACGGCGUUUCGGCUGCGACGGUCCUGAUCAGCUACCACGUCAACAAGGGCGUCGUUGUGCUUCCAAAGUCCGUCACGGAGAAACGCAUCGUCAGUAACAAGGAGGCUGUUGAUCUUUCUAAAGAGGACCUAGCUGUCCUUGAUGGUCUUGCUGCGAAGGGGAAGGCGAAGCGCAUCAACACGCCUUUAUGGGGGUUUGAUCUAGGGUUUGCGGAUUGGUAUGGGCCUGUCAAGGCGUAG